GCUGCCCUCCACCUCCCGGGACGGGCCGCCGGCCUCCCGCGCUCGCCGUCCCCCGCCGAGGACACGGAGGAGGAGGCGAGCGAGUGUGUCCAGCGGCUGGAGAUCGGCAACGGGGCCGACAACGAGCACAACAGGUCGAUCCGCAGCAGUACCGGGAGCUCAUCUCCAGCGUGCACCAAAAUCGUGAGGAGAUGCUGAGUUCUAAAAGCAACAGAUUGACAGAAGCUUUGGAAGAAGCCAAUAAACUGUUUGAGAAAGUUUGCCGUGCACGAGAGGCUGCGCUGGAUGCCCAGUUUCUUGUCUUAGCAUCCAAUCUAGGCAAGGAGAAGGCCAAUGAGUUACACUCUGAGAUGACAUCAUUUGAUGCAGCAACAUUUGCGGAAGACUUGCUGACCCUCAUGGGUAUAAAUCGCAUAGAAGUAGAAGAAAAUGAUAGUGAACCUGGUGGUUUUUUACCUCGUGAUGCCUGGCAGAAAGUGGGAGAAGAAGCACUAAAGUACUUCAGAAGAGCACCUACCUUUCACUAUAUGUUGGGAUCUUUCAAGUCUGAUCCUCCUGUAGCAAAGCAACGGAUUGAGAGACAGAAAAGGGCUUCAAAAGGAGAAGCAAAACAGAUGAUGCCUGCUCAGUUAAAUCAAAUGGAGGAGUCUCAUGACGAAACCACAGAAAAAGAAGUAGAGAGGAUCUUGGGAAUACUGAACACUCUCUUUGAAAAUGAUCCUGAAACACCUAUUUCCUUCUUUGAUUUUGUGAUUGAUCCAAACUCCUUUGCACGCACUGUGGAAAACAUGUUUCAUGUGUCCUUCCUUAUAAGGGAUGGUCUUGCAGAAAUAAGGCUGGAUGAUGAUAAAUUGCCAAUAAUAGAGUCUACAAAAUUCAGGAGGGUAGGGGAGGAGAACCGAGGACCUGGAGCACGGAAACAAGUUGUCAUGUCUCUGACCCAGGAAGAAUGGAAGGAGAUCGUAGAAGUAUUUGAAAUAACAGAAGCCAUGAUUAGCCCUCCUUUUCAGAGCACUGAAGAGGAAAUGGAGACAGAGUAAUUUUCCAAUGGCAGCUGAUGUUGUUAAUACAAGUAGUCUGAAGAAGGACUUAGAGGGAACCAGUCUGUCUUCUGUUCCUACUUCCCUAAAAAUUUUUCAGUGAUAGGACUGAAUUCUUUUAUUGUCACAAUUGUUUUGUAAUUUC